UGACCAUGUUGAGCGCAUGUGUCCACGUGUCUUCGAUGUUUUCGUUCUUGAGGUAUUGUGUGAACCCGAAGCUCAAUCUCUCUCGCUCUUCAAUGGCAACGUCUACUGUUCUAAUCGCCAUCGUCGGUGAUGUGCAUGAUUGCUGGAACUUCGAACUAGAUUCGAAAGCACUCGAGUUCUUGCAGCCAGAUUUGGUUCUGUUUACAGGCAAGUUUCAUUGUUUCUGCUGAAUGCUGACCAAUCUAAUGCACUAUGGUGAUUUUGGAGAUGAAAAUGUUGAAGUUGUUCAGAGUGUAGCAAAUCUUGAAUUUCCUAAAGCAGUUAUUUUGGGAAACCAUGAUUCCUGGUUUACUACACAGUUCUCGAGAAGUGAGAAGGAUAAAGUUCAGCUUCAACUGGAAUGCCUUGGUAGGGAGCACGUGGCUUAUCAACGUUCAGACUUUCCUUUGAUAAAAGUAAGUGUCCUUGGCGGACGGCCAUUUUCUUGCGGGGGUAAAACAUUAUUCCGGAAAAAGCUUCUGUCCGCAAGAUAUGGUGUCAAAUGCAUGGAUGAGAGUGCAAAGAGUAUUCAGAAAGCUGCUCUUGGCACGCCAGAGGGUCAUUUUCUUAUAUUACUUGCACAUAAUGGACCCACAGGCCUUGGUUCUGGUUUAAAUGACAUCUGUGGAAAAGAUUGGGAAUUUGGGAGUGAUGGUGAUCAUGGUGACCCAGCAGAUCUAGCACAUGCAAUAUCAUUGCUAAAAGAGAACAAUCAAAGAUCUAUUCCAUUGGUUGUGUUCGGUCACAUGCACAAAGAGCUGGCAUAUGGCAAUGGCUUUAGGAAAAUGAUAGUGGUUGGCACUGAUAACACCAUAUACUUAAAUGGGGCCGUUGUUCCAAGGGUCAAAAGAUCAGGUGAUGAAGACAAGAGAGGCUUAGACGCUGAAAGUGCUUUUUCCUCACCAGAGGCAAAAGGUACAAGAGCCUUUACUUUAGUUGAGAUUUCUGAAGGAAGAGUUGCUAAGAUUGCAGAAAGUUGGGUCUCAGUUGUCAAAGAUAGGACCACGUUAGAAGAAGAGCACAUAUUAUUUGAAGGCAGAUAGGAUCCUCAUCCUUCACGUUUAGGAUUCUGCUACAGUCACAUGGAUUUUAAUGCAUAGAUAAAAACAGCCGGGAUGAAAUAUGCUUUGAUACUCAUUAUUUAUCCAGAUGAAUCCCGUGUUUAAUGUUAAUACUACCGUUUAGACUUGACGUAUACUUUGAUACUAUUCCUUAUCAAAAUGGUGAUUUUUACUUGCAUCGGUUCUUCAUUCAAUGUGGCAAUUCAAAUGUAAA